AUGGCGGGCACGGGGACAGAAAGCUUCGUGCGGAGGCACCAGAUGCUGUCGCUCUCCUUCUGGGUGACGCUCCUCUUCUCCAUCCUGUUCGCGAUGGCGGCUAUGGAUGUGACCGGCCAGUGCUACGUGGAUCCGUGCUCCACGAGCUCUCCCGCUGUCACCAGCGGCAUGAGCUUGGUCACAGCAAUGUCGGCGUUCCUCUUCAUCGCACAGCCAUGCUACGGGCUUUAUUUGCUUCGGAUCCAGUGCUCGGAGUUGGUGAGCGGGAUAUUCAUCGGCUGCAGCACGUUCACAACAUUGGGGGCUUUGGGCCAGGGGGUUCAAUGGGGGUCUGAGACAAGUUUAGCAACCGCGAUAGCAGACGAGGCGGACACAGAUGUUAACUCGUCGGGGGUGAUGAGCUUCAAGGCGCUAGCCAUAUUGGCGUGGAUACUGUUCGCGAUGCAGCUGUUCACGACGUACUGGUGUUGCAAGGCUAGAGAUGUGCUGCUCGAAGUGUCAUGGUCCGCGGGCCACGACUACACACAACUACCCACCCGAGCGGGGCUUCACGGGAAUGGGAACAAAUUUUCGUCUUAUCAGCAAGCGAUGGAUGACGAAGACCUGGAGGCUGCGGCGAACGGGGACCCGGGGGCAUCGUUAGCGCACUACUUGUGACGCAUCAUUUGCCACGGUUGGUUUCACAUUGUGAAGAAAAAGCAUCGCCGCAUUUUUUUUUCAGGAAAGUAGUACUGCUGUGUGUCAUAUGUUGUCCUCUACGAAUAAUUGCCUAGCUAGUGUGGCAGGUAAAUUACUUCUUUUUUUUUCACUUUUUUGUUUUCUUGAGGUCUAGUCUUUCGGCUGGGAACAUUUU